CCUGGUCCUAUUUCCGACUCUAGGUACAUUCCCUGGUGCAAACACCUGCAAAUAUAUACAUACAUAGGCUCAUAUAUAUCGUUCGUAAUCAUCAUCCUAUCGACAAAAUGUCUUCAUCUACGCACUGAAGUGACUCCAUUUUUCCUCUGAAUGUUAACACCAUCCCAACAUCCAAACGACGUCGCUUGACCACUUUUGUCCACUUCCCCACCAAACUCGUUCGCUACUUUCUCUAUCUAUAAAAGCACAAAGAAAGCAUAUGCUGAGUAUCUUUUCCCAACUCAAAUCAGUUUCUCCUAAAAGCGAUAAAGUGAGAAAUAACAUACGAUGGCGAAUAUUCCGGUGAGCUUCCGGCGUGUAGCGGCGGCGUUCAACGAGAUGUCGAGGCUCCAAUCCUGCGAAAGCAGCGGCAGCGAGCACUCCGCCGAUCUCUCCGAUCUGGUGAACUCCUUCUUAGAGAGGGAAUUCAAUGACCGGAAAAUCGGGAGCGCGGAGGAGGAGGAGGACAGCGACGAGGUUAACGCCGGCGAAGCUGAAAUCGACGCUAUGGAUGAUCAGAUCGAGUUGCGAGAUUCUCUGAGGAAAUUGUUUGAUCUGCAAGACGACGCCGUUAAGAGAAGCAUUCACGCGGAGGUGGAGGCGGUGGUUUCCGGCGAGAUCGACUCGUCGACGGAGUUCAAGCGGCAGCUGAUGGCGCGGCUGCGCGGCAGAGGCUUGGAUGCCGGCCUUUGCAAAUCCAAGUGGGAGAAAAACGGGCGCAACCCGUCGGGAAGCUACGAGUACAUCGACGUCAACUCCGGCGGCGGCCGCUACGUAGUCGAGGUCAACCUAGCCGGAGAAUUCUCAAUCGCGCGACAAACGAGCAGCUACGCCUCAGUCCUCGAAAUUUUCCCGCCAAUUUUCGUGGGUAAACCCGAGGAAGUGAAGAAGGUGGUGAAAUUAAUGUCCAAAGCCAUGAGAAAAUCGAUGAAGAUGGCGGAGAUGAGCGUGCCACCGUGGCGCCGCCUCAGUUACAUGCAGGCGAAGUGGUUGGGAUUCUACAGAAGGACCGCCAAUGAGGUUCCGACGGUGAAGGCGGCCGUGGGGAUGGCCGGGAGCCGGUCGGUGGGGUUUGUGCCGGUGACUGGUGCGACGUCGUUUUACUGCAGAGGGGAUUUGGGGGUCCAGCGUGGCGGUUGGGAAUUUGGCGGCGGCUUUUAAUUAGUUAUUUAAAUUAGGCAAUGAAAAUUUGACCUGGAAAAGAAAAAUGGAUAGCUCGGGUUGAAUUUAGCCAAAAGGUGAAAAUGUUCGGGUUUUGUCCUUUGUGAACCAGUUGUAUGUAUAGAUUGUUAUUGGACUUGGAUGUAUGAUAUUUUUUAAAUUAAUAUUACAAAUUAUUUCUUCA